AUGGCGACCGCUGGGUAUAUACCAGAGCGAGUUGCAGGCCCCCCGCCAUGGCCGAGGAAGCUUCGCGGAGAGGAAGCUUCUUCAUCAACCCUAGGGGAUCAUGAUUGGGAUUCCUCCCUUCUGGACGGCCCUCCCCAUUUUUCUCACUAUUUGAUCGAAGCGCCAGUUCCAUGAUUCCCCCCAGAUUUACGGAGAAUCUCUCCGAUCUUCCCUCCAUUUUUCAUCAGAACAGCAUUUUACAGGUACUGCACAGAGCUGCAGCAGAUCUGCCUCCGGAAGCAUCAUCAUCCAUGGCGCAUGGCCUGGCUCCUUCUCCUGCAAGGCCAAAAGCUCAAUAAAAACCAGAGAAAUGGCACACAAGGAGACAAUGCAGGACUCGGCGCACGCCGGACCAAAUCCACAGCAUCGUCCUUGCAGGAAGGAGUCAUUGGGGAAGAAAAACGAGGAAACCUCUGCAAGAAGAUCCCGGAAACGCUAAUUAAGCCGGAGAGAAGGGUGGCGACUUCGGCAAGGGGAGGUAUCCGUCCUACACCUAAUUCUUCAAAUAACAGCUUGAGAUAG